UGUCACGCCCAUGCGUGGUCUCACGCCUUUAAACGACAGAAGUUAUCACCCGGGCCGUAAAGCAGUAUCAUGCAUGGUCUUGUUCAUCAUCCCAGCCUUCUGAUGAAGCCCGUCAGUCGAGUCAUCUAAGCUCACUGUGCGCGGUUAUCUUCGGAGGGUUUUUUUUAUGCUCUCACCGGGGGGAUCGGUCGGUGUGUUUUCGGUAUGAAACGCGCGGGGUUAAGGGGGGUCCUCCUCAUUUUGGGGGGGUUAGGGCUCGCGGGCACGUUUCUUAAGAUGCUCUAUGAGCGCUCAGCGGGGACUGACAAAGAGGUGGACCUACCGCAAAUUAUCAGACGUUUUUCAGACCUGGAGACAAGCAUCAGCAAGCUCUUCGAUGUACUCAAAGCUUUUGAGAAAAAGCAGGACACCGUGCAGAAAAUGCUUGAAGAGGACCGAGGCAGACAGAGAAAAGCUGCAGGGGUCGAAGAGCAACCUGAAGCAAAGGUUCAAGACCAACAGAAGGCCCCCGAGAAAACAAAGUCCAAUAAACUGUUCCCAGAUUCUGCCCUGUUUAAGGAGUGGGGGGGAAAUCUGUCUGAGGACGAACAAAGAGAGGCAGAAGGUUUGUAUUUGAAGUACGGCUACAACGUCUUCCUCAGUGAUCGCCUUCCUCUAGAUCGAGCUCUCCCAGAUACCAGGGAUAAAAGGUGUCUUAAAAAGAGUUACCCAAAGGACCUGCCAAACCUUGGAGUGGUGUUGAUCUACCUGAAUGAGGCCCUGUCCAUCAUCAAGAGAGCUAUGCGCAGCAUCAUCGACCGCACCUCUAAAGACCUGCUGAAGGAAAUCAUAUUGGUGGAUGACAAUAGCUCCAAUGACGACUUAAAGGGGGACCUUGACGCAUACGUGACUAUGAUCAAGAAGCAGAACCCGAGUCUCCAUAUUAUAAGAGUGAGGCACAAUGAGCAGCAAGGACUUGCAUAUGCCAGGGUUUCUGGCUGGAGGGCUGCUACUGCUGACGUGGUGGCCAUCCUGGACGCCCACAUUGAAGUCCAUGAGAUGUGGGCUGAACCCCUGCUGACACAGAUCAAAGGUGAUCGAACGGUGGUGACGUCCCCCGUGUUUGACAGAGUCAACUUCGAUGACCUCAAGGUUAAUGAAUACCUUCCAGCAGCACACGCCUUCGACUGGGCUUUAUGGUGCAUGUAUGAGGGGUUUACAGAGGACUAUUACAACCUCAAAGAUGGAUCAUUGCCUGGAAAAAGUCCAUCCGUCAUGGGGAUCCUAGUUGCCGACAGGAAGUUUCUAGGAGAAAUUGGAGUCCUCGAUGAAGGCAUGAAAGUGUACGGUGGAGAAAAUGUCGAGCUGGGAAUUCGUGUGUGGACCUGUGGAGGCAGUAUUGAAGUAGUUCCAUGCUCCAAGAUCGCCCACAUCGAGAGGGCCCACAAGCCCUACAUGCCUGACCUGGGCCCAUCCAUGAAGAGAAACGCCCUGAGGGUGGCAGAAAUCUGGAUGGAUGAAUACAAACACAACGUCAACUUGGCUUGGAACUUGCCAUUCGAGAAUCAUGGAAUUGACAUCGGAGAUACCUCAGAGAGGAAAAAACUCAGGGAAAGGUUGAAAUGUAAACCUUUCAAAUGGUACCUGGAAAAUGUGUAUCCCAAGUUGGAUCCCUGGGACAACAUUGUUGCUUAUGGAGGAGUGAAGAAUCUAGAUGCUGAUAUGUGCUUAGACCAAGGCCCAGUACCAGGCCACACACCCAUCGCCUACCACUGCUACUACUAUGGACCUCAAAUAACCUAUUACCGCUCAAACGGUGAGCUUUAUAUCGGCGGCCUCAAGUCCCAUAAGUACAAUGACAACCGCUGUAUAACUGACGUUGGGGAAAAAAAUACAGAGCCUGGCCUUUACAACUGCAAAGAGGCUAUGCAGAAAGGAAUGGGGAUUUAUUGGGACUUCAUUCAGGGCAAAGAAAUGAAGAACAGGGAGACAAAAAGAUGUCUGGAGAUUAAAAACGGCAAUCUCCUAAUACAGGAAUGCACUGGCCAAAGAUGGGAAAUCCAAAACAUAAUCAAGCCCUUUUAAAAGUGUGUGUUUUGCCAACAAGAAGUGCACUUCUCUGCUCAUAGGUCAUUGGAUAAUAUCCCCUGUAUGUGUUAAAUGUAAAAGAAAGUCAGUGGAAUGUGAUUACCGCUUUGACUCCUGUAAUAAUUUAAAGCUUUUCUUUACAUGAAAUGAUUUUUGGCUAAAAACUGAACUUUGGUUAUUUCCUCAACGUCUUAUGAAUGGACGUUAAGACAGCACGUUAUUUUUGGUUUGACAAUACCAAACUGAAGUGGUGUUACAAAUGUCUUAUUGGACCAGUGGUGUUCAGAUGCCAUUGGCUUUCAAAGUACAAGAUUAAAAAUAGAUAUAGUUAUAUUCCUUUCAUGUUUCAAGAUCCAAAUUUAUUACUACCGAUUAAAUUAGUAUGUCUGUUGCUCCUACUGUUGUGAUCGGAUAAAGUGCAAGCUGCUUCCCAGUAGGUCUAUAUUACAAAUACUGUGUGGAAAAGCACAUUACUGGGACCACAUGGACUACUAGCAUCUUACCUCAGGCUACUUUUAAAGGACAUGCCUAUCAUUACGCAACUUCGAGAUGCACGUUAAUCCUUUUUUCCUCCCUACAAUUACUCCACUUCAGGACACCUAUUAUAUUCUAUUCAAGCAUACAGGCUUAUGGUAAUGUUAUUGGUUUUGUUCUUAUUACAACAUAGAGCAAAGCAAGAGAUCAGAGUUUAAUCCUUGUUUGUUUUGCUUUUUAAAUCCAUUUUGGGCUGUAGCCUCCCUCCAUGGCAGACGUGGUCAGAAAACAAUAAAUGGUAUUAGAAAGAUGCAUCAUUGCUAUGAAGAAAUGUAACUAUGGUUUUUAGUUCUAUAACAAUUGGCCAAUUAUUACAAAG